AUGGCCAGCCAUCUCCAAAGACCAUCCAGAGGGCUAGAUGACCCAUCCCGAGUGAGAGAGACUUUCCUGAAGAUGGUCCACGCCCAUGAGACCCUCCCGACCCCUGGCACGUGGGCCCAACGCGAGUUCCUCCUCCCCAGGGAGCCCAAGGAGCUGCCCGGGUUCACACAGCAAGCCUACUACCAGCUGGCCCUGAAGCCACCACCCUACACGGAGAUGAAGGCCAAAGUGCGCCAGCGACUGGCCUGCCCCUGGAAGGACACCGCCCAGCACACCUGGGGAUUCCACACCUGGCUGGACGUCGGGCGUCUGCCGGCCACCUUCCCCUCCAGGCCUGACAAGCCCUACGACAGCAACGUCUGGCGCUGGCUGACGGACUCCAGGGCCCACCACCAGCCCCCAGCAGAGCCCCCCGUGCCCCCUCCCUCCUGGCUGGGUCAAAACAGCUUCCUGACCUUUAUCUCCUGUACUCCGAUCUUCCUGGACAGGAACAGAAGGAAACAGGUGAUCUUCAGGACGGUGAAGGAACUCCAAGAGGCGGAGAAGCUCAAGCUGAGGAGUGAAGUGAGGGCGCCCUCACUCGACACCCAUGGCAACAUCCUUCCCCCCAAGGCUUCCAAGAAGUACCGGCACUUCUCAGCUGGUGGAAGGUAUCAGCCUGGGGGCCUCCAGCUCAUGCCCAACCCUCUUCCCAAUGAUCUGGCCAGGAGCUGGCCCUGCCCAAACCCUCUGCCUCACUACCGGGAGCAGGCGGCUAGGCUGGCCUUGCUGCCCAGCGCGCCUCUGAGCCAGGACCUGGUGAAGAACUACCAAACCCUGCUGGAGAGCCGGGUGGCCUUGCCCCUCCACUGUCUCUCCAGGGCCCGUUCCGGCAGGACCUCAGUGAGGAGACCUGGGCACCUGUAG